AUGUGUGGUUGGCGCUGAGAGUUCCAGCGCAGAGCAGCAGGAGCAGCUGUGUGCCUGCAGCUCCUCUGGGCGGACACCUCCACUGGAACCACCGCCUCUUUCUCCAACUGCACUGGGACAGUUUUAUGCCUCAGCUUUUCUUUUCUUUUUUUUUUAAAACAUAAUUUAUGACCGCCAGUCCACCCUCCAGGACCCCUCAGGGACCGUGCGGCCGCGUCAGAGAAGCGUGAAGACGACAUGGGAAGCCCCGAGUGUCCGCGACGAGCGACGCUGUGGUGGAAGUAGUCCCGUCUUCGAGUCGCCGGAGAGGGAAACUUUAAAACGAGGCUUGUUUUCGGAGCUCCUGCCUCCGCUCCCCUCCUCUCUCCCCGUAGGAUUUGAUUCAAAGGCGAAAACCAAGAUGGCCGCCGACUCCGUGCAGGAGUGGUGACCUCCAUUUUACCUAUGAGUCAUCAAGGAGGCUCUGGACCGGGAUAUGUGCAAACUAUAGCCUCCUCUAAAGUGAGCACCUAUAGAAAGGAGAGCGGGGGUGUUUCUUGAGGGCUUGGGGGAUGCCAGGGGCCAGCUGGUGGCGGAGCGACUGGGUCUGGGACAUAACCUUGAACUAUCCGACACCAUGGUCCAACAAAAACUAGACGAGAUCAAGGAGCAGAUCCGCCGUGAGAUCCGCAAGGAGCUGAAGAUCAAGGAGGGUGCAGAGAACCUGCGCAAGGUCACCACAGACAAGAAGAGUUUGGCCUAUGUGGAUAACAUGCUGAAAAAAUCUAAUAAGAAGGUUGAGGAGCUUCACCAGGAGCUACAAGAGCUUAACGCCCACAUCGUGGUCAAAGAUCCUGAAGAACUGCUAGAAUGCCCUCUGACCCCAGACACCCCUAACAGUGAGGCCAGAAUGUGCACAAGCAGUAGCCGCCUCGCCGCCCUGAAGAGACAGAAUGACAUUGAGCUCAAGGUCAAACAGGGCGCAGAGAACAUGAUUCAGAUGUACUCCAACGGACCCUCCAAGGAUCGCAAGUUGCUAGCGACAGCCCAGCAGAUGCUUCAGGACAGCAAGACGAAGAUAGAGUUCAUCAGGAUGCAGAUCCUUAAAGCCAGCCAGACCAGCGAGUUGAGCUUUGAGAACAAUGAUAUGAUGGAAAAGCCCAUCAUCAGCCCAUUAGACCUGCGGGUGGAGGAGCUGUGUCAUCACGCCAGGAUAGAGUCUGCUGUCGCAGAGGGAGCCAAGAAUGUCAUGAAACUUCUGGGCUCAGGAAAAGUCACCGAAAAAAAAGCACAUUCAGAGGCCCAGGCUCGUUUUAAUGAAUCCAAUCAAAAACUGGACCUCCUGCGAUACUCCUUGGAGCAACGCCUCAAUGAGUUGCCUAAAAACCACCCGCGCAGCAGCAGCAUCCUAGAGGAGUUGUCCAUGCUGUCGUCACCGGCCCUCAGUCCCAGAUCUAGCCUCAUCUCCACACAGAACCAGUACAGCACAGUCACCAAGCCCGCUGCACUCACAGGCACGUUAGACGUCAGGCUCAUGGGCUGUCAGGACCUUCUGGAAAAUGUCCCGGGACGUUCCAAAGCUGCGUCUGUCCCGCUGCCCGGCUGGAGCCCCAGCGAGACGCGCUCCUCCUUCAUCAGCCGAGCAAAUCGAAACCGUGGCGUGAGCUCAAGGAACCUGACAAAGAGUGAGGAGCUCUCCAAUGAGAUCAGUGCAGUGUUGAAGCUGGACAACACGGUAGUCGGUCAGACGAGCUGGAGGCCAGUCAGCAACCAGGCCUGGGACCAGAAGUUUACAUUGGAAUUGGACCGGUCUCGUGAGCUGGAGAUCUCGGUGUACUGGCGUGACUGGCGGUCGCUCUGUGCCGUCAAGUUCCUUCGGCUGGAAGACUUCCUGGACAAUCAGCGUCAUGGGAUGUGUCUGUACCUUGAGCCACAAGGGAUGCUGUUUGCUGAGGUCACAUUUUUUAACCCUGUCAUUGAGAGACGACCAAAGUUACAAAGACAGAAGAAGAUUUUCUCGAAGCAGCAAGGUAAAACGUUCCUGCGAGCCCCUCAGAUGAACAUCAACAUUGCCACUUGGGGUCGCCUGGUGAGAAGAGCCAUACCAACUGUCAGCACAAACUCCUUCAGCCCGCAGGCCGCUGAGACUGGACAGAGCAGUCUGCCUGGUUCACCUACACCUUGCAGUGACCCACUGGUGACCAAACUGGACUUUGACAAAGACCCCACACCAGGACCCAGACACUACCCAGUGCCCGAUGACAUCAGAGAACCGCUGGUGCAGGAAAAGAUGCCCGACAAGGAGGAAGUACAGGAUGCGCUCGCCUCAUUUGACUUCUUGAACAAGAGAAACAGUAUGGUGGUGAAGGGGGAUCUGGAUGGAGGGGGGGAGCAGGACAUCCAGCACCCGGACCUGGAGCUCACUGCCUUCCAGAAAGACCCAGAGAUAAGGGAAGAAGAGCAGUUCCACUUCAGCCUCCAAGACUUUAAAUGCGUGGCGGUCCUCGGACGUGGUCACUUUGGAAAGGUGUUGUUAGCGGAGUAUAAAAGCACCGGUGAGAUGUUCGCCAUCAAAGCUCUGAAGAAAGGAGACAUCGUGGCUCGUGAUGAGGUGGACAGUCUCAUGUGUGAGAAGAGGAUUUUCGAGGCGGUCAACAGCGUCCGCCACCCGUUCCUGGUCAACCUGUUUGCGUGUUUCCAGACACAGGAACAUGUCUGUUUUGUCAUGGAGUACGCGGCGGGAGGCGACCUGAUGAUGCACAUCCACGCUGAUGUGUUCGCUGAGCCCCGGGCUGUAUUCUAUGCAGCCUGCGUUGUUCUGGGAUUACAGUUCUUACAUGAACACAAGAUUGUGUACAGGGAUUUGAAGCUGGACAACCUGCUCCUGGACACAGAGGGCUACGUGAAGAUCGCCGACUUUGGACUUUGCAAAGAAGGAAUGGGUUUCAGGGACCGCACCAGCACCUUCUGUGGCACCCCCGAGUUUUUAGCCCCUGAGGUUUUGACUGAAACCUCGUACACCCGCGCUGUGGACUGGUGGGGACUGGGCGUCCUCAUCUUUGAGAUGCUGGUUGGAGAGUCGCCUUUCCCCGGCGACGAUGAAGAGGAGGUGUUUGACAGCAUCGUCAAUGAUGAAGUCCGUUACCCACGAUUCCUUUCAACUGAGGCCAUCUCCAUCAUGAGGAGGCUUUUGAGGAGGAGUCCAGAGCGACGCCUGGGAGCAGGAGAGAAGGACGCAGAGGAGGUUAAGAAACAUCUAUUCUUCAGGCACAUGGAUUGGAACGGUCUGCUGGCAAAGAAGGUGAAACCUCCGUUCGUGCCGACCAUCCAGGGCUCCAGCGACGUCAGCAACUUCGACGAUGAAUUUACCUCAGAGGCUCCGAUCUUAACCCCCCCCAGGGAACCCCGAGUGCUGCGCUCUGAGGAGCAGAACAUGUUCUCUGACUUUGAUUACAUUGCUGACUGGUGUUAGCUUCACAUGACUCCUCUCUCUCCACACACGCACACUGUGAACCAACCAACACAGCAGUGACUGUAGCUCAUGUGUUUUUAAAACUCUUCCUCCUCCUCCCGGCCCAAAACGUUGAGGAGGAGCAGCGGACAUGGCUCCUUGAGCCUUCGGGCAAAAACCUUGUGCCAUUGAGAAGAAAAUUAAGUUGCCUCCUGAGGACCCCCACUUACUUUUUUAAUCCACAUGAAGAACUUUUUUUAAAGAAACAAGAACAAAAGAAACUCUGUUGCUGGAGAGUGAAGGAGGAGGGAUGCUGUGUCCGUUGUCUGACCACUGAGAAUGUUUUUCAUAUGAACUCUGAGAAGAAGACAACAAAUCACAAUCCUGUUAUUCAGUGUCACUGUCUUCAUUUUGUUUUGAUCUGUACAGAUUAUAUUCAGUCGUAUAUUUUAUUGUCAUGUCUUGUUUUAUUUGCAAAGCCCUCGCCGUAGCUUUAGGACAUUUUUAUCUCACUGUAAAGUUUGACUUUUCUGCCGCCAUCGUGUGUGAGACUGGUGUUCAGUGAAUUUUUCAAAAGUGCUCAAAGCAUCAUUGCUGAACUGCAACAAGCAUCUUGACUACUACUGCUCUCCUCGACUUGAAAACGAAGUAAACACUUCAUUUCCGUGUGUCGGGGCCCGGCCCUUGUUCAUGACCCACUUUAACACCUGGUUCUCUCACUUUGCAUGUGUGCUCAGAAGAUCCCACACAAUAAUAAUAAUUCUCUGAUGUAAAGCCGCAGUCAUGCUUCCUAAGCUGUUAAUAAGUGACCGUCACAGAGUUUCAUCUGGAAGCUUCACAUUGGAAACGUUAAACACUCUGAACCUUUGGUCAAGAACAAACAAUGCAGAAUAUUUAAAUGUCUCUGACGCCCUCUAGUGGCUCUGCAGCUGAAUUCAGUUCUGAAGAUGGAAGUAGCUCAUGAUGUCUCUGCAUCUUUGAAGAAUACAAAUCCAAACUUGAUAUUAGAUUUUUUUUUAAUUGUCAGAACCGGGUUCAGCUGGCUCCUAUAUUUCAUUGUAUUGAAAGGUCAGUUGUGGAUAUCAUAUCAUUUUUUUUCUCAUUACCUCAUUAGUCAACUUGAGUCUCACCGUUACAGCUACAUGACCAAAUCCCUCCUGUUCCUUUUACAGCAGCAAACAAAAUCUUUGAUCGACUGAAAGUGAACCUUUUGACAGAUUAUUUCUUUGGCCGGGGGCGGAGCACAUUAAAGUUAAUUUAGGUCUAAAUGCCAUUUAAAUGCUCGCCUGACUGUUUCUGUGACAUUUUUUUUAAGCUGGAACAGUGAAACCAGCAUGUUGAAUAUGAAUUGACUCUAAUGUUGCAGACCUGUUGAUAUGAAACACUACAGGGAAGGGCAGGGUAUAUUAUAUAUACAUACUGUAUGUACACAAUUAAGCUGAAAGCACUAAUUUUAAUUAUCUACGUUUCUUAAUGAUGAAAAUAGAUUGUACAAAGUUUUUCCCUUUUUUUUUAUUCUUUGCUUGUGCAUGUUGUCGCCAGAGCAGAACCUUAUGGAUGGUACACACAGAUACCUGAGUCACAGUUCACCCUGGUGUAAAAAAAGGCAUUUUCGUAGUCUGUUGCCUAUCAUGAAUGCACAAAUUAAACAUUUGUAAUAGUUCCUUCGCUUUUAUUUUUAGUCGCAACCCUCGACACAUCCUGUGUUUACGUUGAGUAUUUCAUUUUACAGUCUUAUGUCAGAGGUUUCCUUCCUGCGAUGACACCUAAUCGUUCAAGUGAAGGAUUUUAUGUAAACAAAUUGUUUAAACGUUAUUUAAACCAUGAGCGGAUUACCAUG